UGUCCGAAGAAGUCCGAAAUGGUCACUGCUGGACAUUUCUUUUCCCAUCACAAUAUUUGCAGAGUGGAGUCUUGGUUUGAUUUUAUGAUACACGGCUGCGCCAUUUUGGAGUUGAACUCUACACCGGCUCAUUACACAUUAACACACAAACUGGCACCGGAUAAGUGGACUCUGAAGGCGGCGGCGGCGGAAACCCCCGCCCCUCUCCUCCCCCCCCAAACUAUUUCGCCAUCGUACAUUUUCAUCAGCCAACUGGCUAGCCCGCGGUAGCUCGUGCCGUGCCUUGGCUCUCCAAGCGAGUUGUCUUAGCGGGGCGGAAGGACGAUGUGCUCCGUGCUAACCAGGGCGGCGGCGAGGCGCCAGGACCGGCUGCGAGUCGCGCUCGGUGGCCUCCGCGCGCCAAGCGGCGCCUCGAGCGUUUCGCCGGCCGGUGGCGGACGCCCGCGUGCGGGAGCGUCGACGCGAGGACGGAGGCCGUACUCGUCCGGGACGCGGUUGAACGACGGGCUCCUCUUCCGACAGCUGUUUGAAUCCGAGAGCAGCACCUACACCUACCUGCUCGCUGACGCCGUCACCAAGGACGCCGUCCUCAUCGACCCCGUGCUGGAGACCAUCGACAGGGACCUGAAGCUGAUCGAGGAACUCGGGCUCCGUCUGAAAACGGCAGUGAACACUCACUGCCACGCGGACCACAUCACCAGCACGGGCUUGAUGAAGACCAGGCUGGCCGGGCUGAAGAGCGCCGUUUCCAAGUUCAGCGGGGCCGCCGCCGACAUCCUGCUGUCCGAGGGAGACCGGAUCGCCUUCGGAAAACACUAUCUCACUGUGAGAGAAACACCGGGACACACCGACGGCUGCGUGACGCUGGUGACCCAGGACCAGGGCAUGGCCUUCACCGGUGAUGCGUUGCUGAUACGAGGCUGCGGCAGGACUGAUUUCCAGCAAGGUUGUUCCAAACGGCUCUUCGCUUCCAUUCAUCAGAAGAUCUUUACCCUGCCCGACCGGUGCCUCGUCUACCCGGCGCACGACUACUUAGGUCAGACGGUGUCGACCGUCGGCGAAGAGCGCACCUUCAACCCUCGACUGACCAAGAGCCUGGAGGAAUUUGUGGCCAUCAUGAACAAUCUGAAUCUUCCAAAGCCUUCAAAAAUUGACAUUUCAGUGCCUGCCAACCUGGUUUGCGGAGUGCAUCAUGUUUGAAUGCCCCUAAUCAAACACAUUGCCCCCCCCCCCCACCCCCUCAUCAAGAGGUAUGCCCUGGCAGCUUAUUUGAUUGUAAAUAUGCCCCCCGAUUGAAAAACAUGUCCUUGUUGAUCUGCACUCAAAUUACCGUAAUUUCCGCACAGUGCACCUGAUUAUAAGCCGCACUCACUCAAUUUUUCAAGCAAAAACCUUUUGGGACACACACAAGCCGCACCCGGACGAAGACCGUCGCAGGUGCCCACAUAGUAACAUGUGGAAAAAGAAAAGGGCGCCGCUCCGUGCCGUAACACUCGGUCAACCAUUCCUUCAUUCGGCUUUUGUGUCAACUUUCAAGACGAUCUCUUUCGGGAGGUUUUCUUUUGCCACAUGGAACUGCGUGAACAAUACGACGACUGUCGUCGUGAAUGCUGCCUCGUUGAACAAAUGGAGGCCCGUCGCUGGAGCACGAAGCGAAGGGAGACGAACGCCGAGCUGUGCCGAUUCAGACCCGACGGAUCUGCCGUGGGCAUUCUAACCCGGCUGAUGUCGAGAGUAAAACCUCAUCGUUUGGGGGGUUUGAACGGCGUCGCACAGCGGGUCGUGCGAACAGCCGCAGAGCAGGGGAGAUGAGUUGUUUUCCACCACUACUGUUGUCUAUUUCGGUCUACUUUGGAACGCUGUGCAUUCUGUGCGUUCAUUCGGGAAUGAAGCCUGCAUAAAACUGA